AUGCAUCUUCAACUUUCUCCUUUCUAUUUCCUUUCAAAGCAAAUCAUACAUCAACUUAGUUCAGGCUUAUCAUACUUACAUCAAUUAGGAAUAUCACAUCGUGAUAUAACACCAUCAAAUGUAGUAAUUGAUCAAAUUGGAACUCCGAUUUGGAUAGAUUUUGGUACAGCUUGGAGUCCAUCAAUUAAUCAAGAUACAGAAAAAGAUGAAUUAGAAUUCGAAUUAGGUACAAUGCCUUAUCGUGCACCUGAACUUUUGUUUGGAUCUAGGCAUUAUGAUCCUUUGAAGAUUGAUCUUUGGUCAUUUGGAGUUUUAAUUUCGGAUUUCUUUUGUCCUCUUUUGGAGGAGUCUGAUAAGAAAGAGAGUAGUAAUGUUCGAGCUAAUUGGAGAGCUGAUAAUACUACUACAACAGAUCGGCAUGAAGGAUUGUUUUCAUUUGAUCUAAAUGAUGAAAAAUUUAAUGAAGAUCAAGAUGAAUCAAAAGAAGGGAAUGUAUUAGAUUGGUAUACAAAACCUGUUGUGAAUCGUAAGGUUUUUGAAGAAGAUUUGGAUUGGAAAUUACCUGAGAUUGAAGGAGAUCGAUUUGAUGAAAAUGAAAAUCAUUUACAGAGAAAAAGUUUGUUUGUUGGUCAUCUUGGUGAUAUUGGAUUAGUUGGUAGUAUUUUCAAAGUUUUGGGUACACCGGAUGCAUCAACUUGGCCGGAAUCAGAAACAUUACCGGAUUUUUCUAAACUAACUUUUCAUACGUAUUCUCCUCAACCUCUUGAAGACCUUUUACCAUAUACCAAACCGAGGAAUGGUAGUCAUCAGAAAGAAGAAAAGGACUCGAAAUUGAUUAUUGAUUUGAUUUCAAGAUUAUUGGUUUAUCAAUCUACUGAACGUCUUACCAUAGGUCAAGUUUUGAAACACACAUGGUUUGAUGGUCUUGGAUCGGAUUAUGAGGGGAAAAGUUAUAAGGAAUGGAUGGAAUUGUGGAAAUGA